AGCAGUAGCAACCACCGGGAAAAGUCACCCACUCUGACGGGGUUGAGUUCAUAUUGCAGUCGACCUAGUUCAUAAUAACACUAGUAGCAAGCAGAAAAAUCAGUAUAGUAUACCUACUCGAAUGACAAGCCACGCCCCCAAAUACGCUUGCGCUAACGAAGUGCGGAUGGGCCAGGCCAUUGAUUUUUCCGCUAUGUGUUGAAUGUACAUAGCGAACCAUGCGGCAGUACACUCGAGAGCAAAACGAUACUCUCUCGCAGUGAAACUCACCAACCAGCGUUCAGACCACGUUGUGCAGUAGAUAACAAGCGCGAGAGAGGAAGAGUCUGUUGGAAUAUGAACUCCGUAGCAGCAGAAACUGGUUUGCAUCUACUGCGGCAGACUCUUUCAAGACACGUUUUCCACCAAACCCAGCCCUCAUUUGCCAUGUUCCCUUGUUGUGUAUAUACGUCCAUCUCACUCUAUCCUGCUGGCGCUCAGGCGUACUGCGGCCCAUUACCGUUGCGAGGAUUGAUUGCAUGCAUCUGCGUUACAACUUCAGUACAUCUCAGGUGUCAGUUGCGGAAGGACGUGAUUUUCGUUUUUGCUACUGCCUGUCCAUCGUUUGCCGUCGCCGCCGCCGCGAGUUAGUUAAUUGUGACGACAACACAACGUUCGUUCUACUUUUGAGCCGACCCCACCCCCUGCGCUAAGUGUAUGAUUACCCCUCCAACCCCUUACCCCUUGUCCUGGGCAGUACAUUCCCCGAUACCACCCUGGUGGACAGGAGAGCUCCCACGUUGGCACCGGACUGCUAGGGAGCCUCCGUCGUGAGUGUGAGUGUGCUUAGUAUGAAGCUCUCUGUUUAGUGAACAUUUUAAAUGACUACCUUGGGCAACUGUCCACCGAACUGCAGUUCAGUGAGUAACAUUAGAUUUAGUUGCAGUUCAUAUGCGAGCUAGUGGAGUGAUAUCCGGUGACGUACCGCGUGGAGUGGAUAGUGAUAGACCAGUCAUUGGGGAUGAUGAAGAAAACUGUGUGAGCCCCUUUGAUUCAUGAUCGUGUUGUACAAUACAUCGAGCUUAUUAGUGUACAUUAGUGUAUUGUUUACGACUAGCACACCCAUCCUGUUUGAUAUGCAUUGACGGGGAAUGUGAUUGCAACGAAGAAUUACGAAACACCUGUGAGCUUGAAUAGCAACACAAUUAUUGUCGCAGAGCUUGUUUAGUGUAUAAAUGUUGACCCGUGCUUAUGACACUGUUAGUCUUUGUUCGUUAUUGAUUUGUAUGGUGCAAUCACCUGUGACCGUGCAAUGGAUAAUCCCAGCUAUGGAUCUUCGCACAUGUCAUCGCCAGCGCUAGUCGUGUUCUCCCAAGCAGCGAAUGGAUUAAGUGACGCACUUCGAAUUCAAAGACCAUUUAAUUCUCAUCUACCGGACGCCAAAGACCUGCACCAUCUUUCGCUAAUGAGUGGCUACGGUGCCCAUCUGCUGCACGGCUUCCAGCCUCACUUCCUACAUCCACUCAACCCGGCCGUAUCGACAGCCAACGGAACGAGCCCUUUCGGUGGAGGGGGAGCGUUCGUCAAACCGUUUCCUUCGAACCUGCCACUUCCGUCUGCCUUCGCACCGCCCAAAUGUCUCGGAUUCGGCAUCGACCAAAAUAUCUUUUCAAAGGGGCUGCUGUUCGGUAGCAGUACCGGUUCGGAAUCGUUCCGGACGUCGGACUCGUCCAGUCCAGCAUGUGCAUCGUUAUCACCACCGGCCAAAGAUGAAUCCAUGGAGGGCCAAACCAGCGAAGAGGGCGACCGAGAUCGAGAUCGGAUAUGCAGUCCGGAGCGGAGUCCUGAAACACCUGGCUUCAGACAACUUCUGUCACUGUUCGGACCUAAGAACCAUUUUUUGUCUUAUGUAGAUGAUCAAAACAAGACAAUCAGAAGAAUCGGCCCUCCCAAGAAGGCCUUCGUCGGAACGCCUCCUCCCAACUCCUGCCCCAUCUGUGGUAUCCAGCUGGCACCAAGUGACCUAGAGACCCACUUCUCCGCCGAACUGACACGGCUCACCAAAAUGAGCUCGGCAGCGGAACGACUCGAACUUCGGCGAACUCUCAGCGUAGACAUGCACGCGAUGCAGAACACCCUCCAAGGACGCACCAGCCGAUGGGAGACGUUUAAAAAUAUUCGCAACAAGCGUCAGGAUCGCCUCCGGGGUAAGCUGCGGAAGCGAAAAUUCGACGGCGAAGAUGGAUUCGGACUGCAGCUGGGUAACCUCAAUUGCCAGUCCUGCCCGGUGUGCCACGGACGGUUGCAGAGGACGCAGGAGGAAAUUGCCCAGCACAUCGAAGAUUGUGUGAGGAAGCAACAGCAACAACAUCAACAACAGCAUCAUCAGCAACAACAAAGCGGUCAAUCUACAGCUCAAGAUGAAGACGAAACUGUCGACGUGGAAAGUUACGGAGACGAAACGUCCAAUGGAGCCAUCAACAUGACAUCCAAUGUGAUUCAUCAUACAAACAAUAGUUUACACAAUAAUAACAAUAACAACAACGCCCCAAUAAAACCCGACCCUCCGAUGACCAAGCUUCCCCCGAUGGAAGAAAGUGCCAUCACAUCGCUUAGUUCAAUCGUUCCCCAUUGGGAUAGGAAAACCCGACUAAAUCUACCCCUCAACUGUACGGCUACGUCCGACAACUCGAUAACCCGAGUGACUCCGACCAGUAGCGACCAGAGGAUCGACGUCGACUACGAACAAGAUCACGACCACAGCCAGGACAUGGUUACCGACCACGACGAAGAGGUCAUCGUAGAUAAUACGGACGACGAGGAGUGCAUCAAGCGAUCCCGACAAACGACCCUGACUGCACUGGGCAGUCAUCCCUGCAAUGGAAACCCCGGUAUGGGUGCGGGACGUGAUGAAAAGAAUAGCUUCCUCAACAGCACGGAAGAGGCCACUUCGUCGGUGGAAAUAGAUUCCGCCACGGACUCGAUGACGAUCCGAACGGCCGGUACAACGCCCAACUCCGAUUCGUACGUGAGCACUUCGGAGCCGACGGAACCGGCCUCCAAGGCACAAGUGCUCGAGGAGCUCAAAGCUCGGAUACGAGAGCUGGAAGGCUCGCCACACUACAAAUGUUUCAUAUGUAAGGAAAAGUGUAAAGCUUUAAUUAUUUCAAAAAUAUGUGGUCACUAUCUCUGCGAGGAAUGCUGGAUCACCGAAACGGAUUCCUCGAAAACGUGUCCACGUUGCAAGAUCAUCACCGCCAACUCAGACUUUAGAAAAAUUUAUGCAUAAAGUUAAAAUAUUACCGUUUAUUUAUUGCAAAACCAUUUUCCUCAUUAUUUAUUUUCACUCAUUAUUAAAAUUAUUUUAAAGUUGUAUAAUGUGUACAGUAAUAUCAACAAACUUGUAAGCCAGAACUUCUGCGAAAAAUAUAAAAAACACUAUCGUGACCGAUGGCCAAUAUUCGUAUUCUUACUGAACAACCCUUUCUCGGAAUAAAAUUAAAAAAAAAUAAAAUGUGCAAUAAAUGUUCAAUUCGAUCACAUGGUGAACUGUCCCCCAAAAGAAGAUCAACUGAUCUAACCAUACUCAAAAUUGAGUGUAAAACAUUAAUCUUUGUCCAGUGAUAGAAGUCAUCAUCAUCAUCCAGCGUAUCUUUGGGAUAUCAAUCACUUUAUAAAAGUACACACUGAAAAAAGCAGAGCCAAGUGAACAAGGCUUAAUUGUUAUUUCUAUACAUACUCGUCCUAGAUAAUCAUGGAAGGCAGUUAGUCGAAAUACAUAGAAGUCCAUACUGUUGUGUACAUAACUCUAAUGACAAUUGAACUUUAAGAUAAAUUAUUGCAUCAAGCAUAGCGUAAUGAUAUUCUGUCCCACUUCCAAGAGAAAUAUUUUUCGCAUUGAUCAUAACUUUCUAGCAAUAAUGAUGCCAUGAAAAACAAAAACCCAAUUCAACCAAAAAAAAAAGCGGAAGAGGCAAUGAAUUCAAUUGUUUAUGUCCAAUCCAAUAAAGCUGAAAAUUCCAACUGAUAAUCAAUAAAAAUAAAAACUCAAA